AUGACUGCUCCGAGUGAUGACAUGGAGAUGGAGAAGAUAGCUGAGGAUGAGCUUUCUAAGCUGCAGAGACAGUUCAGAGUGAUGGAAAUAGAUCGAGCCACCGUGAUGAGCAGCGUGCAGCCGACCCUGCGGGUGCAGAGGAACAUCAUUAAGACCCUCAACGCCGACUUGGAGAAAAUCAUGAUGGAGCUCAAGCUAACCAAAAGCACCUCCAACGUCAUGGAGAACGUGCGAACCCGUGACAAGCUGGUCUCCCUGCUGAAGGAACACGAGCGGUUCUCCACAGAGGUCCGCGAGCACAGGGGAACCAUCAGCGAGCUGGACUUCCUCUUGAAGCAAGUUCAGAAGGAGAUCAAGGGGCUGAAGGCGAAGGGCACUGGAUGUGAGCUGGAAUACGCGAAGACCCUGACCAACCAGACCAUGCUGAGCCAGCUGGAGAACCGCCUCGACACCGCCAUGAAGAAGUUCAACACCGUCAACAGCGAGAACUACAUGAUGAGGGUAGAGAUCGACAAGCUGUUGAGAGACCGUCAAUUCUUCAACCUGAUCUGGCGGAACCAGCUGAAGCGGCUGAUGGACGGUAAGGCCCAGAUCCUGGAGCUGGUGGAACAGGCCAUCACGGCCUACGACCAGCGCGAGGAGUGGUGCACUAAGCUUGAAGCCUUGAAGGAGAAGGCCGCUAUCGACUAUAGGAAGCAUUGCAUGGAGGUCCGCGAACUCCAGCGCCAACUAGACCACAGUCUGAAGCUGGAAGAGUUCCUGAGGACCAAGGGCACGGUGCGGCUGACGGCUGCUGACGCCAAGGCCGAGGCCAAGAGGCUUGAGCAGCAGGAGGAGGAAAUGCGGGCUUACAACAACUAUGUGAAUGUGCUUGAUGCUAUACGGGAGUUCACCGGCGAAGAAGACGUGGACAAGCUGAUCCAGGAGUUCACUCGCCGGGAGGAGGAGAACUACGCCCUCUUCAACUACAUCAACGAGGUCAACACAGAACUGAAGAACCUGAGCGAUAACGUGAGGAUACUCCAGGCUAACAUUGAGGACGAGCGCGCCAAACACCAGGCUAAACUCUACAAGCAACAAGACAGCAUCGAGUCCCUCCGAGCGACCCUGGAGGAACGCCGAGCGAGCACCGAGGAGGCACGAGCGGCUGUGGCGCGCAGCGAGCUGGUACUGGCCGUGUUGUUGCAGCAGAUACAAACGCUGGCGAUGCAGGCUAAACUCUACAAGCAACAAGACAGCAUCGAGUCCCUCCGAGCGACGCUGGAGGAACGCCGAGCGAGCACCGAGGAGGCACGAGCGGCUGUGGCGCGCAGCGAGCUGGUACUGGCCGCGUUGUUGCAGCAGAUACAGGCUUUAGCGAUUUGGUUAGUGCCAUACGACCCUAUGAACUACGAAUAUAGCCCGCGCACCGCAUCAGAUAGAAGUCUUUCUCUAAGCGACUCUGAAGGAACGCCGAGCGAGCACCGAGGAAGCAUUAGCAGCUGUGGCGCGCAGCGAGCUGGUACUGGCCGCGUUGUUGCAGCAGAUACAGGCGCUAGCGAUGUUAAACUCUACAAGCAACAAGACAGCAUCGAGUCCCUCCGAGCGACGCUGGAGGAACGCCGAGCGAGCACCGAGGAGGCACGAGCGGCUGUCGCGCGCAGCGAGCUGGUACUGGCCGCGUUGUUGCAGCAGAUACAGGCUCUAGCAAUGCAGGUUAAACUCUACAAGCAACAAGACAGCAUCGAGUCCCUCCGAGCGACCCUAGAGGAACGCCGAGCGGGUACCGAGGAAGCACGAGUGGCUGUGGCGCGCAGCGAGCUGGUACUGGCCGCGUUGUUGCAGCAGAUACAGGCGCUGGCAAUGUACAGGCUUUGGCUUGCAUCUGCUUUUUACGUAAAUGACGUCAGAGACCAACAAGUGCCAAACACCAAGCGAAACUACAAGCAGCAGGACAGCAUUGAGUCCCUCCGAGCGACCUUGGAGGAACGCCGAGCGAGCACCGAGGAGGCACGAGCGGCUGUCGCACGCAGCGAGCUGGUACUGGCCGCGUUGUUGCAGCAGAUACAAGCGCUAGCGAUCCAGAGGAUAGCUCGCAUCCUAGCAGAUGCAGACUUAGGCAAUGUAAGUAGAGACAGCAUCGAGUCCCUCCGAGCGACCCUGGAGGAACGCCGAGCGAGCACCGAGGAGGCACGAGCUGCGGUCGCACGCAGCGAGCUGGUACUGGCCGCGUUGUUGCAGCAGAUACAGGCUUUAGCAAUGUGA